CAUUCUCACACGCACUACACCAAAAACACGCAGUAAAUCGAGAUUUCAGAUUUUCACGACUCUCGUUUUUACACACACAACGCCAAGAACACGCAGUAAAUCGAGAUUUCAGAUUUCGAAUCGGAAGAAUGGGAGACGGUGAUUGCAGGCCGUUAGGGUUUCUGAUCGGAUUGCCAUUUGCUCUGAUCGCUUUGGUUUUUUCGGUGAUCGGUGCCGUGAUUUGGAUCAUUGGAUCGGUGGUGAGCUGUUUGUGCCCUUGUUGCUGUUGUUUUGCUGGACUUGCAAAUUUAGCAGUGGAUCUCAUCAAACUUCCCAUUAAAAUUCUUCGAUGGUUUACUCAUCAGAUCCCUUGUUAGUUUUAAGUAUUGUGUUAACAACCAAACAAGAACAUACAUUCAAAUCUGUUUACUUGCAGAUUUAAUAUUUCUUAUUGUUUGAUUGUUGUAAAGAUACCUAAAAGAAUUUAUGGGAAUUUGUAUUUUUCUA